ACAGUUUGGAGGACUCCUAACUCAACGAAGCAUUGUCAAAAUCAAUUCAAAAGACACCCCCUAUAUCUCUGCAAAUAUGUCAAAACUUCUUUCACUUACCCCACAUCUUCACCAAAUCCUCUUCCUUUUCAAAUAAUCCAAUAAUCAAACCACCCAUUUCCCAUCCAAGAAGCAGAAACAACGAAGAAAAAUGGUGGUGGUGGGAGUUACCGGCAUGGAGUCUCUUUCUUUGAGUGAAAAAGCCGCCAGAAUGAGAGAGUCUUUGCAGAAAUCCCAAAUGAUUACUGAUAACGUUGUCUCCAUUCUUGGCUCUUUUGACCACCGCCUCUCCGCUCUUGAAACCGCCAUGCGUCCCACUCAGAUUAGAACACAUGCAAUCAGAAAGGCUCAUGAGAAUAUUGAUAAGACUUUGAAGGCUGCAGAGGUUAUUUUGGCUCAAUUUGAUCUUUCUCGUCAGGCAGAAGCUAAAAUACUUAGGGGGCCACAUGAGGACCUGGAAAGUUAUCUAGCAGCAAUUGAUCAGCUAAGAAGCAACAUUAGUUUUUUUAGUGGCAAAAAGAGCUUUAAAAGUAGCGAAGGGGUGGUCAACAAUGCAAAUACUUUACUUGUUAAGGCCAUUUCAAAGCUAGAAGAUGAGUUUAAACAGUUAUUAGCUUCAUACAGCAAACCUUUGGAGCCUGAUCGUCUUUUUGAAUGCCUUCCAAAUUCAAUGCGACCCUCAUCAGGUUCCCCUGGACACCAUGGUGAAGCUCAUCACAAGAGUCCUUCACAUAAUCACUCUGACAACAGUGACUUAGAAACUGCUACUUUUACACCACCCGCUCUCAUACCACCGAGGAUUCUGCCGCUACUGCAUGAUUUAGCCCUGCAAAUGGUUCAAGCUGGCCAUCAGCAGCAAUUACUCAAAAUUUACAGGGAUACCCGUUCUUCAGUUUUGGAAGAAAGUCUCCGCAAGUUAGGAGUUGAAAGACUUGGCAAAGAAGAUGUUCAGAAGAUGCAAUGGGAAGUGCUGGAGGCAAAGAUUGGGAACUGGAUCCAUUACAUGCGUAUUGCUGUCAAAUUACUGUUUGCUGGAGAACGUAAAGUUUGUGAUCAGAUAUUUGAAGGCUUUGAUUCUGUCAGUGAUCAAUGUUUUGCUGAAGUUACCACAAGUAGUGUGUUAGUUCUUCUUAGCUUUGGGGAGGCAAUUGCCAAAAGCAAGAGAUCACCUGAAAAGUUAUUUGUACUUUUGGAUAUGUAUGAGAUAAUGCGAGAGCUUCACUCAGAGAUUGAGUUGGUUUUCAAAGGUAAAGCUUGCACUGAAAUUAGAGAAUCUGCAUUUAGUUUGACAAAACGGCUUGCCCAGACAGCUCAAGAGACCUUCGGUGAUUUUGAAGAAGCUGUUGAAAAGGAUGCGACAAAAACUGCUGUGUUGGAUGGAACUGUACAUCCUUUGACAAGCUACGUCAUUAACUAUGUGAAGUUUUUGUUUGACUACCAAUCGACUUUGAAGCAACUUUUCCAAGAAUUUGAAAAUGGCGACGGGACAGGUUCACAAUUAGCUACUGUAACAAUGCGAAUAAUGCAGGCUCUUCAAACUAAUUUGGAUGGGAAAUCAAAGCAGUAUAGAGAUCCUGCUUUGACACACUUAUUUCUGAUGAACAAUAUUCACUAUAUGGUCAGAUCUGUCCGCAGGUCUGAAGCCAAGGAUCUGUUGGGUGAUGAUUGGGUGCAAAGACACAGGAGGAUUGUGCAGCAGCAUGCAAAUCAAUACAAAAGAAAUGCUUGGCAAAAGAUUCUGCAAUGUCUUUCUGUUCAAGGGUUGACGUCAUCUGGUGGUGGUAGUUCAGUGGCUGGUGAUGUAUCAGGAAAUAGUAGUGGAGUUUCAAGACAAUUGGUUAAAGACAGGCUCAGGACGUUUAAUAUACAAUUCGAGGAGCUUCAUCAAAAACAAUCUCAGUGGACUGUUCCUGACACAGAGUUGCGGGAAUCUCUGCGGCUUGCAGUUGCUGAAGUCUUAUUACCUGCCUACAGAUCUUUUGUUAAGCGUUUUGGGACUCUAGUUGAGAAUGGGAAGAACCCACAGAAGUACAUUAGGUACUCGGCGGAGGAUUUGGAACGAAUGUUGGGUGAAUUUUUUGAAGGGAAGACCUUGAAUGAACCCCGGAGGUAGAUUCGGCCGCCCUUUCAUUUUUCGAUGAUGAAAACAACG